AUGGAGAUGGCAGGAAGGAUGAGAAAUGUGGAUGCUGAUGCUGAGCAUUCAAGUCAAAUAUACUUCCCUUCAUGGAUAUAUGACAAAUUCGAUCAGGGGAAGGAAAUGGAAAUCGGAGAUCAAGCAACUGAAGAAGAAAAGACAAUUACACGAAAAUUGAUUUUGAUUGCCUUGUGGUGCAUACAGAUGACACCUGAGAAUCGUCCUUCAAUAAGAGAAGUCUUAGAAAUGCUUGAAGGCCAUUCUAGUGGCCUAAAGUUGCCUCCUAAACCAUCGUUUUAUCCUCCAGAUUCACCCAUAUCCAUGCAAAGAAGUAGCAAUAGUAGUUCUUCUGACGAGUCAACGGCGCCCCAAUGUAGCUCUAUUGCUUUAGAAAUAGAGCAGAUGGAUGACUAA